AUUACAAAUAUUAUCUAUUCUUUGAACUGCGCGGGCGCGUUAUAAAGAACCAUAUUAUAAGGACGCAACACACAGUCCAUCCGCUAGGUCAGUCUGUCGCCAACGCGCGAGUCGAACUUACGUUAGCGCGCGAAUUUACUCACGUCAAACAAAAUGUUGUUUUUAAUUACUGUUGCAGUGAUACUGGCCAGUGCGCAAGCUAAAUUUUACACGGACUGCGGUUCAAAACUAGCGACGAUUCAAAAAGUAGAGAUCAGUGGGUGCGCUGAAGAAGCUAAGGAGUGCAUUCUCAGGAGGAACACCAAUGUAUCUAUUGCCAUCGAUUUCACGCCCACUGUGGACGCAAAGAAUCUGGAGACUGUAGUCCACGGUAUAAUAAUGAACCUGCCCUUUCCCUUUCCACUCCCACAACCAGACGCUUGCAAGGAUAGCGGACUAGUUUGUCCAAUCAAGUCUGGCGAGAAAGUAUCCUACAAAUCAUCGAUGCCCAUUCUCAAAUCUUACCCCAAAGUGAAGGUGGAUGUCAAGUGGGAAUUAAAGAAUGAUGAUGAAGAAGACUUGAUCUGCGUGAUCAUUGGGGCCAAAUUAACUAAAUAAUAAAACUCUUAGCUAGUAUUUACUCUAUUAUAACACUUGUUUAUUAGCAAAAAUAAAAUAAAUACAUCUAAUACUUUUACAAUAUC